AUCUCAUAUGUGCAUGUCGCUCUAGGGGUGAAUGGCUAAACAGACCUGUUCUGACCACAGGUGCUGCUCCUCAGGGUGGUUGGGUCUCAAGGGCCCAGUGCAGAGUGAGAAGGAACAGUACUGUAGGUGUGUACUGGAUUCCGUUUGUAUAGCGUUCUUACAGUGAAAAAUUCUAGACGACAAAUUUGUGGUUGCCAGGGGCUGGGGCCCACGGAGGAGAUGGGUAUCACUGUGAAGGGCAAUAGGAGAGAGGUCUUUGUGGGGAUGGACAUUUCUGUGCUUUGGUGUUGUGACGAUGGUGAUGGUCACACACACUGCCACAGAACUAGGCACAGAUACACACUCACCCCGGUUAGAAUGGCUCACAUACAGAAAUCAACUAACAACAGAUGCUGGUGAGGAUGUGGGGGAAAAACCACACUAAUCCACUGUUGGUGGGAAUGCAAACUGGUAAAGCUGCAAUGGAAGACGGUUUGAAGAUUCCUCAGAAACCUGAAUGUAACCCUGCCAUACAACCCAGCCAGCCACUCCUCGGAAUUUACCCAAGGGAAAUUAAAUUGGCAAAUAAAAGAGCUAUCUGCACCUCAGUGUUUAUUGCACUCAAUUCACAAUAGCUAAGACAUGGAAUCAAUCUAAAUGCCCAUCAACAUAAGACUGGAUAAAGCAAUUAUGGGAUAUGUACACCAUGGAAUACUACACAGCACUAAAAAAUGAAAUCCAGUCAUUUGCAACAAAAUGGAGGAAUCUGGAAACAUCAUGCUGAGUGAAAUAAGCCAGUCCCAAAGGGACAAAUAUGUUCUCCCUGAUCUGUGACAACUAAUUGAGCACCUAAAAGGAAACCUGUAGAAGUGAAACUGACACUAUGAGAAGCAAUUUGCCCACAGCCCGGGAGGUUCAAGGUGUUGUGUCAGUGUCAGCUUCUUAAAGAUUUUUGUUUUUAAAAAUUUAUUUACUUGAUAGGCAUAGAGACAGGCAGAAGAAAGAACUUCCAGUUCAUUCCCCAAAUGCCUGCAAUGGCUGGACCAGGCCAAAAGCCAGGAGCUAGGAGCCAGGAUCACUCCAGGUACUCCUCCUGUGUGGAUGGACCCAGGUACAUGAGCUGUCACCAGCUGCCGCCCAGAGGCACAUCGACAGCAAGCUGGGUCAGAGUGGAGACAGGACUUACUGAGAGCCUCUGAUAUGGGAUGUGGUGUCGUAACCACGGUGCCACAUGCUCAUCCUGACCCCUUUUCUUGACUCCCCCAGCGAGGAGCUCACUUUUGCUUCGCCCUCAGUGUACACAUGGAAGAGCUGCAGAACUCCCGAGCCAGACCACUGUGCAGAGUGCAUUGCUGGACUGUAUCAGGUGCUGGUUAGCUUUGGAGUACCUGCUCACCUACUCUGUCCAGAACUACUUAGAGUAAUAUCCACGUACACUACCGUGUUACUCAUAUAUACCAAGGUGAAAUGACAAUGGAUGUGGUGUUGGCUCGAUUGAAACUCCUGAACGCAGAUGCCCUUAGAGAGGAAAUUGUCAAAGCCGGAUUGAAAUGUGGACCCAUCACAUCAACCACAAGGUUCAUUUUUGAGAAAAAACUGGCUCAAGCCUUACUGGGGCAAGGAACAUCGCUCUCUCCCUUUCUUCCCAGCCAUGAGGAGGCAGGUGCCACGGCCGUCAGCCAAGACACACAGAGAACUCUGAAGUCUGCUGAAGACAGCCUGCAUGAGCAAGCCAGUCUUCCUGAAGAGAGAGAGUUUGGUUAUGGCGUGGGCUUGAAUCCUCCCCAGGAGGAUGCUGUGACAUCCGCGAGCUCGGUGCCCUUCUGUGCUGCAGCCCACAUCAACAGCCACAAAGCUGGUGUGACAGCCACUAAGGAGCCACCUCUGUACUACGGGGUAUGCCCUGUGUACGAGGACCUCCCAGUGAGAAACGGUACUAUGGCGUGGUCAGUGUGUCCUCACAUGGGUGGUACAUGUACUGCAGAGGGAAAAGAACGGAUCCAUGUUUAUGAAGAUAAAAAGGAAGCAUUGCAAGCCGUCAAAAUGUUCAAGGGGUCCCGAUUCAAAGCUUUUUCAACCAGAGAAGAUGCUGAGAAGUUUGCUAGAGGAAUUUGUGAUUAUUUCCCUUCCCCAAGCAAAUCCUCAUUACCACUUUCUCCUGUGAAAGCACCAUUCCUUAGCAACGGUGCAUUAAAAGGUGGUUUGUGUUCACCUGAGUCAGACAUAGUGAACAAAGAGCGGGCAAACAGUUAUAAAAACCCCCGCACCCAGGACCUCACUGCCAAGCUCCGAAAGGCUGUGGAGAAGGGAGAAGAAGACACCUUUUCUGAUCUCAUCUGGAGUAACCCUCGCUAUCUGAUUGGCUCAGGAGACAACCCUACCAUUGUCCAGGAAGGCUGCAGGUACAAUGUCAUGCAUGUUGCUGCCAAGGAGAACCAGGCUGCUAUCUGCCAGCUGACUUUGGAGACCCUAGAAAACCCUGAGUUUAUGCGACUCAUGUACCCAGAUGACGACCUGGGCAUGCUGCAGAAGCGCAUCUGCUACAUCGUUGAUCUCUAUCUGAACACGCCUGACAAGAUGGGCUAUGACACGCCAUUGCAUUUUGCUUGUAAGUUUGGAAAUGCUGAUGUGGUCAACGUGCUUUCUUCACACCCUUUGAUUGUGAAAAACCCAAGAAAUAAAUAUGAUAAGACACCUGAAGAUGUGAUUUGUGAAAGAAGCAAAAAUAAACCUGUGGAACUGAAGGAGCGGAUCAGGGAAUAUUUACAGGGUCACUACUAUGUGCCAUUGCUCAGAGCUGAAGACACGUCCUCUCCCGUCAUCGGGGAGCUGUGGUCUUCAGACCAGACGCCUGAAGUCUCCCACACUGGUCACUCAGGAGGUGGCCCCCGGGACCCUGUGCUGACACUGAGAGCUUUUGCAGGGCCCAUGAGUCCAUCCAAGGCAGAAGAUUUUCGCAAACUCUGGAAGACUCCACCACGAGAAAAAGCAGGCUUUUUUCACAACGUCAGGAAAUCUGACCCAGAAAGAGGCAUUGAAAGAGUGGGCAGGGAGCUAGCUCAUGAGCUGGGGUAUCCCUGGGUUGAAUACUGGGAAUUUCUGGGCUGUUUUGUUGAUCUGUCUUCCCAGGACGGCCUGCAAAGACUAGAAGAAUAUCUUGCUCAGCAGCAAUUGGGCAAAAAGGCUCAACAAGAAACAGGUGGAAAAGAAGCCUGCCUCAGAGACAGGGCCCUGGCCUCAGGCAAGGGGCAAAAGGGCAGCAAUUCCGUCUCUGUGGGGGCAUUUCUAGACGAGGAUGAGGAGAUGAGCCUGGAAGAAAUCAAAAACCGGCAAAACACAGCUCGAAACAGCAGCCCGCUCACCAUCAGUGCUUGGGGAGACGCCGUGCGUGGCGCUCUUCCCUCGGAGCCCAAGGCGGCCUUGAUCGAAGCCUCAGCCCUGAGUGCUGUCCCCAGCAGCAGAAAUGGAUUCUUCAGUCCCAGCCCGAGCCCGGGGGGCAGGAGACCAGAGGCCGCCAGCAGAGAGGACGCACUUCUCUCGCCUGUCUCUGACUUGACUGUUGACUUUGACAAGCUGAGUUUGCGAAAUCUAGAAAGUAGCUUUUCCAGGACCCCAAAACGAUGUAUGAAAACCGAAGAAAAGAAGAUCCUGACCUCGAGAAUGGGUUCAGUAGAAGAUGGCUUGCUAGCGUCUCCACCUGCUGCAGACAGACUUGGAAAGAACCAGACAGAGACGGAGAGGGAAAUGUCCCUGGAGCCCAGCAGCCCCGGGCAUGAGGCCCAGGGCAGGCACACGCCCACGUCCCCCGCUGCCACCAGGCUCUUCCUCUUUGGAGAGGAGCCAUCAAAGCUGGACCGGGAUGUUCUGGCAGCUCUGGAACGUGCAGAUGUCGACCCUCAGCGCUACCCCGCUGUCCACAGAUGGAAGAGCGCUGUCCUGGGCUACUCGCCCUCCGAUAGGCAGAGCUGGCCAAGCCCUGCGCUGAAAGGAAAGCUCAAGGCUCAGCUGCCAGAUCUUGGUUAUGGCCCCGGCUGCAGCCCUGGGAGAAGCCGUCCUGUUGGGGGCAGCCCCGUGAGGCCUGGCCACGCCGCCCACUCCCCCAGCCUGGGGCGCUACAGCCCUGUACACGGGAGCCACCUCCGCAGGGUGGCGCGGGGGGCCCAGCUUACCGCCACCCCUUAGGGUUGGGCAGCUCUCAUUUCCUUCAUUUCUAAAGAAGAAGGGUAAUAUGUUUUAUUGGUAAAAUUUCACACACACAAAAAUAUUCCAAGUAAUUUAUUAAUCCUCACUUUGAGGGUAGAAUUUCAGAAAACAUGAAUGUUCUAUGUAAAAUUUAAAUUUUGGAUAUUUUGGAAGAAGUUAAUGAAACAUUUUCUGGAAAAUGUCAACGUAUUAAAGACAAAGACUUUCUGGGUAGCAGUGCCUCGGUUUGAAAUGUAGCAGAGAAAAGCGUGUGGAGGCUGCUCCUGGGAGACAGCUGUGUGCAACCAGAAACCCUGAGCGACUGUUCUGGAGGAGGAGGACGCUGGCGGAACUGCUGGCUCGGACAGCCCUGUGACACCCGCCCUCACUCAGCUCGCUGGUCCUUGGCUUCCUGGGGUCCCUUGAUGAUGGGACAGCCCCUCAGCCAGGUGGCCCUCAUCAUUUAUAUGUAAGGGAUAUUUACAAGUGAGGUCAUUAAAACACUGGAAUUACUGAUAAGAAGACGGAAGUAGCUUUUUUUGUUGGAAAAAGGUUUCCAGCCAGUGGGUGUUGUGCAAGAUAGUCCCAUAGACUUACCAGCAAUAAUUACAAGGACUUUAUUUUCCACUAGCUCUUGAGCUUUCAGGCUGUUGAAUUUCCGGUGUGGUUAUUCAUUUUGAAAUCGUUCCCUGGUUUUGAGAUUUACCCUGAGGCCUCUAGCGUGAACUAGCGUACGGCCAGUUUUCUGCCGUGUCUCCCAGCUCUGUUUCAGCUGGGCUGUCCUGUAUAAAAGAGCAGUGCAGUUCAGGUUUGCCUUCCAGGUGAGGGUUGGUAGAGGCGGCCUUACCCUUGGCGCGCUCUCAGGAAGCCAACACAGCAUCACCAGAGGCUGUCAGGGCUGACUUCCGCCUGGGGGUUACAAGCGCAGAUCAUAUGCAAGUGUUAUUUUGUGUUUACUCCAAAAUGAAAAACUGUAACACUGCUUUUGCGAACUUGAGUGCCUUUUUAAGUCAUUUUCAAUUUUUCUGAACUUGCUUUUUGAGAAUAUGAAAUGGUCGUAAGUAGGCAUAACUAAGAACUUUUUUAUUGGUGUAACCUGUGAAUUGAAAGUUGGGUUAAAAUGCUUAUUUCUUUCACAUAAGCAAUGGGCUAAGAAUACUGGAACCGACACUUAGAUUUUCAAAUAAAAACUUUGUUACACAGGAUGUUUUCAUUUGUGUAGCAGUUGAGAUCUUACAGAAUAGAAACAAUGCAUUUUAAAGAAAGCAUUCUUGUUCUUAAAUCAGAAUGUGGAUAUUCAGUUUUGUCAAAAAAUCUUAGGAUAUUGUCUUGUAUACUAUUGUACAUAUC